AUGCCUUUCGACGCCACCUCAUUCGCCAAGGACUUCCUUGCCGGCGGUAUCUCCGCCGCUAUCUCCAAGACCGCCGUAGCUCCCAUUGAGCGAGUCAAGCUGCUGCUGCAGGUUCAACAUGCCUCCAAGCAGAUUACCGAGGACCAGCGCUACAAAGGUAUCAUCGAUGCCUUCGUCCGAAUCCCCAAGGAGCAGGGUCUAGUCUCUUUCUGGCGAGGCAACUUGGCCAAUGUGAUCCGAUACUUCCCCACGCAGGCGUUGAACUUUGCCUUCAAGGACAAGUUCAAGCAGAUCUUCCUGAACAAUGUCGACAAGAAGACCCAGUUCUGGCGCUACUUUGCUGGCAAUCUGGCCUCGGGUGGUGCUGCCGGAGCCACCUCGCUGUGCUUCGUCUACCCACUUGACUUUGCUCGUACUCGUCUGGCUGCCGAUAUCGGCAAGACCGGUCAACGCCAGUACAACGGUCUGGCUGACUGUCUGACCAAGGUGUUCAAGAGCGACGGUCUCAUCGGUCUCUACCGAGGAUUCAAUGUCUCAGUGCAAGGUAUCAUCAUCUACCGCGCUGCCUACUUCGGUUGCUUCGACACUGCCAAGGGCAUGCUGCCUGACCCGAAGAACACUCCACUCGUCAUCUCAUGGCUGAUCGCCCAGACAGUGACCACCGUCUCUGGUAUCGUCUCUUAUCCCUUCGACACUGUCCGUCGACGAAUGAUGAUGCAGUCUGGUCUGCCCGUUAACGAGCGCAUGUACAAGAGCACUGUUCACUGCUGGGCCACCAUUGCCAAGACUGAGGGCUCCAAGGCCUUCUUCAAGGGCGCUCUUUCCAACGUCUUCCGUGGAAUGGGUGGCGCUUUUGUGCUGGUCUUGUACGAUGAAAUCAAGGCCCUGCUCUAA